AUGUCUCCGAUGAAACAGGAGGGCAUGUCUACUCUUAUCGACAGGACGAUGAGGAUGAGGAGGGAGGAGCAGGCGCGCCAGGUGGUCCUCGCCUGGGCAGUCCUCAAUGUGUCGCUAGCUGGCAUGAUCUACACAGAGAUGUCAGGGAAACUGCUGAGACUGUACUUCAGCAUCUCUUACUGGCCUAUCUGGUACAUAGAGCUGGCCUUCGCCUCAGUCUUCAGCCUUAACGCCCUGUUUGACUUCUGGAAGUACUUCAAGUACACCAUGGCCCCCUCUACCAUUGCUGUUACCCCUGAACAGCACCGUCUUCUUGGCCUCAGAAACUCAAGUAUCCAGGCAUCACCCCCGCUGAAGCAAGAAAAGCAGGAGGCUCAAGCCCCGGCUCAGUCGUCACCCCUCCAGGGUCAGAGUGUGCUCAGCUUCAGUCCCUCCAGGCCGGCCAGCACCAGCCCCAAGUUCUCCCCCAGCUGUGUUCCCGGAUACAGCCCCCUAUUGAGCAGCCCGUCCACCCCGGGCAGCGGGGGACACUUCUCCCCCUCCCUGGCCUUUGGGAAGUUGAACUUCAGCCCCCCCUCAUCCUACCCCAGCAGCAUUGGCCCAGUGGAUGGCACCAGCCUGAGGGCACGCUAUCGUACCUCUCCCUCCGUGUUCAACUCCCCCGGGGGCAAGGAGGACUACAUGGAGUCCCUGAAAACCCUGGACAGGUUCCUCCGCACCGAGGAGGAGAAGAGCCACCGCAGUCAGUUAGGGAGCCCAGAGUCUGUGUCACCCUCCCACAGCCCGACGUUCUGGAACUAUAGCCGCUCGGUGGGGGAUUACGCCCAGAGCCUGCGGAAGUUCCAAUACCAGCCGGCCUGCCGUUCCCAGGCCCCCUCAGCCAGCAAGGACGAGACAGACCUGGGCUCCAAACAGGCUGCAGAGGAGGUUUGGGCCAGAAUCACAACCAGUCGUCUCGUGGUUGACAGCAUAGACAGCUGGACGGCCAAGCUCAGAAAUUGGAUAAAUGACACCAUUCUAGUGCCACUUGUGAAGGAGAUGGACUCAGUAAAUGGCCAGCUAAGGAGAAUGGGCUGCUCUGAGCUCCAGAUUGGAGAAGCCAGUAUAGCCAGUCUAAAACAGGCUGCUGUUUUGAAGGCUUCAGUCAUCCCCACCAUGCCUGCUAUGGUGCAGUACCUGGACAUCACCCCUAAUCAAGAGUAUCUAGUGGAGAGGAUCAAAGAGCUGGCCCAUAGUGGCUGCAUGAGUUCUUUCCGCUGGAACAGGGGCGGGGAUCUCAAAGCCAGGAAGUGGGACACAGACCUUCCUUCAGACUGUGCUAUCCUCAUGCAUGUGCUAUGCACAUACCUGGACUCCCGCCUCCCGCCUCACCCCAAGUACCCCGAUGGAAAGACCUUCACCUCGCAGCACUUCACCCAGACGCCAGACAAACCUGACGUGACGAAUGAAAACCUCUUCUGCGUUCACCAAAGUAGCACCAAUCCCCCGCACUACCAACUUAUCUACCAGGGCCAUGUCUACAGCCUGCCCAAGGGAAGGAACAACCUGUUCCACACAGUUCUCAUGUUCCUCUUCGUCAUCAAAACCAAGGAGUCUGGGAUGCUGGGGAGAGUAAAUCUGGGCCUUUCAGGCGUGAACAUCCUGUGGAUAUUUGGGGACUGAUGCAAUCUCUCCCUCCUUGAGUAUUUCACAGCAGUGUCACCGAGGAUGUUAGAGGGCAAAUACUUCCUCAAAUAUUUUUCACCUCAAGGUUUGUUUGUGAAACAAUGCAUCGUAGCUUCUGAUAACAACAAUAUUCUGUAGAUGUUAGUUACCAUAACUGUCCUCAGAUCUAGGUUCAUAAGGAAGCACUUAUGAGAGUAACAUUUUGUUGUACAUUUGAGUCAUUUUUCUGAGCAACAGCAGACCACAUUUUUCACUUGAAAGUAGCUAUUGUCAUUUGUGACACUUUUAAAUCAAAUUAUUACAAAGACCAUGACUUAGUUUGAUAUUAUGUUGCAUCAAAAACAACCGUACUGUAUUUUAACCCGAGACGUCCACAAUUUACUUGCUUUAUUUGAAAUAUUCUGUGAAUGUAUCAGGAUAGUGUCCUUGUAAAUAGUAUACCAUUGGGUUGAACCCUCCUGGCUUGAAUGCAUGUCAGUGAGUUUUUCUUUUUGUAUGAAUUGUUUGAGAGAGCUUGAAUAUUGCAGCUAGGAUGCUUGAGUUCUUCCUUUUAUGUUGAAUGACAGGGUUUGGAGUGGUAGAAAGUUACCUGCGUACGAAUGCAUGGCUUUGUUUACCAGGGCUGCAGUUACUUGCAUUGGCAUGCAUAUUAUAUCUAUUCUAACUAGACGUUUGUUCCACGGUUCAAAUGCUUGAUAGAUACAAAGCCAUGCACAUGGUAUGCCUUUUUUAGAAAGUCAAUAUUAUGGAAGGUUCCAAGUAAAUUGCUGUUAUUUUUAUUACCAAAGACUUUACUUGGAGAAUUAUGAUGUAUAGUGGUCAAAGAGGUGUCUUUUUAUGAUAGGUUGUGAGAAUGUCAUUUAUUUUGAUAAAAUAAAAAAAGAAGCUAAUUCAAAGAUGGUAACAGGCUGCAUGGACUUGUAUGGGCUCAUGGGGCAACUCCAAUGCACUCCAACCCCCCUCAUUCAAUCAAAUUUGAAUUGUUUAUACUGAUGUGGUUUUCAAUUGAGACAUGGAAAUAAACAUCAUUGUUUGAGUUCA